UUACAGACAUGUUUUCAGGCAUGAAAGAACAGUAUUAUCCUUGGGAACCCAGCAGUUUUGAAAUGGAUUUAUUAAGAAGGAAUCCACGUCGAAAAAGAAUUACUGAUAAUUCUUAUAUAGGCCUACGUGGAUUGAUAAAUUUAGGAAACACUUGUUUUAUGAAUUGUAUUGUCCAAGCUCUGACGCACACCCCUCUUCUUCGAGAUUACUUUCUUGCUGAUCGCCAUGUCUGCCAGUUCCAAGAUGAUCCUUCCAUGUGCCUGGUGUGUGAAAUGUCCAGGCUCUUCCAAGAGAUGCAUAGCUAUCAGACAAGGAAGAAAGGAAAGAUCAAACACAAGCAAAUAAAAAGACUAGUAUUUAAUGAAGCUUACUGUAUACAGUGUUUCUCAUAAGAAAUCACCUUGGCAUUUAAGCAGGCAUCCUAUUGUUUUGGUAAGCAAUGAAUUCUGUCUUCAAAGAAAGAUUUUGGUUGCUGCUUGAAUUAAUCCUGAACUGUGUCCUUUACGUCCUCAUCAGUGUUGAAUCGUUCUUCCUUUAGGAAUUUCUUUAACAGUCUGAAAAGAUGAGUCACAUGGUGACAAAUCUGGACUGUGUGCAGAAUGUUCAAGAACCUCCCAUUUCUUAUGGGCUAGUGCAUCAACAAUUACCCUCAUGAUGUAUGGCUAUGCAUUGUCAUGGAGAAUGAUGACUCCUGAAAACAGCAUGCCAGGUCACUUGUUUUUAGUCAUAUGCAGAUUAUUGAUUAUACUGGUGGGUAUUGAUCAUUGGAGUCUUUAAACUCCAGUAAGAUGGGUUCUGCAUGUUGAAGAAUGCAUUCAGCAUAGCCUUUUUGGGUGGCAGCUGUGUUUUGAAUUUCUUUAGGUUUGGGUGAGCCACUGCAUGUUGCAGACUUUCCUAUUGGAAGGAGAUGAAACGUAGUGAACAAGUUUCAUCUCCUGAUGCUAUGCACCAUAGGAAUUGUCACCUUUGUUACUGUAGUGCAUCAAAUACUGUAAGCUGGAGUCCAUUUACUGUUCCUUGUGAUGUUCAGUUAGCAUGUGGGAUAUCCAUUGGCAAUAUAUUUCUGGUACUCCAAGUUAUAGGAGAAAAUCCUAUAUAGUUCCAACAUAAAUGUCAAAAUCACUUGCGUAAUCAUGGAAGCACUGUCAAUGAUCAUAAUCAGGCUAUUGGUCAUGAUUUUGCACACUUGGCUAAAACAUGGCAAAUCUGCUGUUUCCUCUCAGCCCUCUUGGAACAUUUGCAAUCAAUCAAUAACAGUCAUCUUUGACAUACUCUUUUCUCUUCACACAGCAACCAUUCUCCAAUGAAUCUCCACUGCUUUGCAUCCCUUAGCUGUUAAAAACUGAAUUACUGUUUGCUGAUCCUGCUUGGACAGGUUUCUAACCACACCAGCCAUCGCCAACAUAAUGCCAUGCAUCUAAAUAUGAAGCCAGUGGAAAAUUUAAGAAUUGUGCAUGCACCACAUAUAUGGUUUCACUUUAGCAUUUGCAUUCCAAACUUCAACUCAUCUUGUGGCACACUUUAAAUGGGUUUCAUUUGAAGCAUUUUCUGGAUGUAGUGCUGUGCCAUCAAUGUUUCUUCCACCACCACUAUGGGUAAUGUAACUCAUACAAAUGGUUCCUCAGACAGCAUGCCAGCAAUGGGAGCAGUCUGCCACUCAAUGGUAAAGAUAAGAUUGAUUCACUUCCUAGUGGUCUUCCACACUCUAACAUGGUGGUUGUUUGUUUCCAAACAGAU